AGAAUACAAAUAUACUGCAGAUUAUUCUGAAACCAUACAUAAAAAAUGGCAUGCAUAAUUGUGCAAAUAUCAUCCAGCAUCGAGGUCAACCAGGUUCAUGAGGAAGAGGAGGGGGGGAGGGAGACACAGUUUACGUCAUUUAUUUCCGCUUUUAUUUUCUAAUUAAAUGGCUGCUGAUUCACGAGUGAGAGCAGCUGAGAUCAGAGCAGCUGUCUUCGCGACACCUCGUGAAUCCCGUGAAGUAAACUCGGGCAUGAAUGAACCAGAAAGGCCACGAAGGAGGAGACGAGUUUCCCUUGCUUCCUAGACAUGGGUGGUCCGUUCUCACCCGUCCCUCACGUUUUCUGCAUCCCCACCCUUUAUAAACUCAAAAAACAUACGGGAGGAGGAGGGUGAGGAGAAAUUUAAGUCAAUUACACAAAACCCCGCCGGCUCUCCGCAGCUCCCUCUCCUCCAGCUGGCGGCUGUCCGCAGUCGACACCCGGGACACCGGCUCCAGUCUGUAGGCAUGUCGGCCGGUGGCUCUGACGGGACGGCGGACCGGCAGGCAGAUCUCGCAGCAGAGGAGGAGGGCCCCAACCAAGCGGGCUCCUCGCUGCCGGCUGGCGAGUUGCCACGGAAACGGAAGGGCGACGUGGAGGAGAGGUCAGGCCCCCAUGUACAGCACAGCGUCGACCUCCAAUUGGAUGACGACUUCAGCGGAUCUGAUGAAGACGAUCAGCAUGUCAAAAUAAAAUGCUUCAGGGAGCCUCACCGACAUAUCGAGAAGCGGCGGCGGGAUAAGAUGAACAACCUCAUCGACGAGCUGGCCGCCAUGAUCCCCGCCUGUCUGCCCAUGGCUCGCAAACUCGACAAACUCACUGUCCUGCGGAAGGCCGUGCAACACCUAAAAGCCAUGAGAGCCGGGACGAGCAGCGCCUUCACCAACGCCGCCCACAAACCUUCAUUCCUGCAUCACGAUGACCUCAGGCACCUCCUGCUCAGGGCAGCUAGUCGUGCUGCGGAUGGUUUCCUGCUGAUCGUAAGCUGCGACCGGGCUAAGGUCCUGUUCAUCUCCGAGUCGGUCUCCAAGAUCCUCAACUUUAACCGGAUUGAGCUGACUGGGCAGAGCUUGUUUGAUUUCCUCCACCCCAAAGACAUCAGUAAGGUGAAGGAGCAGCUGUCGUCUUCCGAGUCCCCUCGCCAACGCCUCAUCGACGCCGCCACUGGGGUUCAGGUCCAGGUGGAGGCCCCCGGCAGGCCGCCCCACCUGUCCACCGGGGCCCGCCGGUCCUUCUUCUGUCGGAUGAAGCACAGCCGGCUGGCGGGGAAGCAAGAGGACAAACACCUGCUGCCCUGCAGCCUCAAAAAGAAAGACACCUACAGAUACUGUACCCUCCACUGCACCGGGUACAUGCGGAGCUGGCCGAGCAGCCAGCUGGACGCGGAGGCGGAGGUGGACGCGGAGGCAGAGGCGGACGCGGAGAAGGAAACCUCGAGUCUGACCUGCCUGGUGACGAUGUGCCGCCUCCUCGUCCACGUGCCCCACCUGCCUUCCAAAGACCUCAACGUAAAGGCCCCCGAGUUCGUCACCCGCUUUGCCAUCGACGGAAAGUUCACCUUCAUAGAACAACAAGCCACGGCGGUCAUCGGUUAUUUGCCGCAGGAAGUUCUCGGCACGUCGUGUUACGAGUACUUCCACCAGGACGACCUGCGGCACCUCGCGGAGAAACACAGGCUAGUUCUUCGAAGCAAAGAGAAGAUCGAGACGCAGUGCUACAAGUUCAAAACGAAACACGGCUCCUACGUUUCCCUCCAAAGUCAGUGGUGCAGCUUCACCAACCCAUGGACCAAAGAAGUGGAGUUUAUCGUCUCUUCCAACAGGGUUGUCUCCAGGGGGCCUGGUCACACAAAAGAGGAGGAAGCAGACGGCUCAGAAGCUCUCCAGGAGGACACAAAGCAGUUACCCAUAAUUCCCGGACUUUCCAGAGGUGUGGGCACGAUGAUCUACGCGGGCAGCAUAGGGACCCAGAUCGCGAAUGAGCUCAUCGAUUCCUACAGGAUGAACUCCUCUUCAUCCAGCGGAGCUUCCAGUCCCUUUGGCCCGACCCAGGAGAAAUGCCCACAGAUUUCCCCGCAAACCAGCAACAGUGUGUCCAGCAGGGAGGAGGCGGCGGGAAGCUCCUCCCAGUCGGACUCGAGGAGAGCAGCGGGCGCCGGCAGUGCAACUUCUGAAAGUUCAGGCAAGCAGACCCAGCUGGACUUGGACAGCAUGGUGGUGCCGGGCCUGAGCAGCUUCAGCAGCGACGAGGCGGCCAUGGCGGUCAUCAUGAGCUUGCUGGAGACGGAUGUGAACAUGGGUCAAACCGGGGACUUUGAGGGCUUGCACUGGCCUUUCUAGGGGGGGGGGCACACAGACUUUGAUCUCUCACGCCUGUGGCGUUCUCUCGGCCGCGAGACGCCUCUCCCUUCGGUGGCCGACUGAGCCGGGCUUUGCGCAAAUGAUAUCCACCGGACUCGUAUACCAAAGGUCGAGGCGCGUCGAGAGAACCCGACGAGAGUCGAGAGGAAUUAUUGUUACUGUGAUUACCUCGCCCCCCCCCCCCCCCCUGGCUCUUACAUCAAGGAAUGGAGCCUGUGGUGAGUCAGUGUCUUCCUCAGUGACACUUCAGAUUCUCCACCAUGUAUAGCCAAUUGCUCCCCCCCCCCCCCUGUGAGGAGGAUCAGACUCCUGCCAUGUGCAGUGCUGCUAGAGAAACUCCUCAAAACCUUUUGACAUCUGCCAAACCCAGUUUUUUUUUUUUAUGCUGAUGUUAUUAAUAUUUUUUUUAAAGGUCCCCUUUCGGACACACGUUUAUCUUUUCUCUAUUGUUUCCAGUAAGACCUGAAAAAGGCCAAAAAAACACCGUCUACCUUCUUUUUUCUUCCGUCUGGAGAAUUAAAAACUCAUGAAAUAUGCAAAUAUUCGUGAGGCAUUGACUAGGGGUCCAGUUAGCCUCCGCUCUGAAGAUUAAAGCUCGCACAACCAAAACAAACAACAUUAACCGUUUCUUUUUUAAAUAACUCGAUAAUUCAAAUGUCUGCGUUUGGGAAAAUUCAUAAAAAAGCAUGUCUGAUUUUUGUCGGCACACAAUUUUACCAGCUGGCUUAAAAUUGCUAACGGCUGUAAUAAGUGCUAACACUAUCACAAUUGCCUAUGGAAAUGUGUUUUUAAGGAAACAUCUUUAUCUUUUAUGUGUUUUUUUUAAUGAAAUUAAUACUUGAAUAUUGACUCCUGUUUACAGUUUUUGGUCCCAGGAUAAGUUGUCGUGGAAAUAAGCUCUGCAUUACAACACGCCGUUUCAAUGUGCGUUUGAAGGACGGAUCCGGGAAGUCAAAGCAGUGAGAACGGGUCAAAGAUAAAAUAAAGGAACAACACUGUUCCCGUAAAGCCGGGUAGGUCUCGAUUCACUUUGCACUGUGCGAUCAAUAAAAAAAGCAAAAGCAGCAUGUGUGUACAUUCAGUAGCACGUGUGGGGGGAGGGGCUUAACGAAGGUCAACUCAGCCUGGGAGGUUCCUCUGAAAAUGAUGAAACUGAACAUUACAACUUUCGUGUGUAAGUUGAACCACUCGGCUGGAACCUUCACUGAAAAGUGUUUUUUUAAUACGCACUGAUUGGCUACAACAGCCUUGCACAGUGAAACUCAACCAUUAAUACAAUAUUACUAUAGUGGUAAAACACGUCCUUCUGGGGUAAAGUGUCUGAUUUCAUAUUGUUUUCACUUCAGUGACCUCUAGUAACGUCGCAUAUUACAUAUUUACUGUACUUCAUCCAUUGUGCACUGAACUCCUCAGAAUAUGUGGAUGGUCCGGUUGUGGAGGGGUGAAUGUUUCCCCGUGGUGACGAGGGAUAACCAACGCGUUUGUUGUUUUCCGGUUGUCGUGUCUUCUGUGCUCUGAGUGUGAGAGAGAGAGAGUGUGUUCACACGGCACAGAAGACACAGUAUUCUAUCUGCGUCUGAAUGUCUCGUUACCGCAACGGCUUCUUAUCAUGAACAUAUAUUUACUAGCAGAUGUUCUGGAUCAAAUCAGUUCACUUUUUUUUUUUUUUUUUUUUUUUUUUUUUUUUUUUACAUCCGUUGUCAAAAUCAAAGGUGAAAAUGAGGAACUCGUCAGCGGAGAGGCAGAAAAGAGACGUGUGAACCCCAUCACCAGCCUUAAAAAAUAAAGAAAAGGCCAAUGCAAGACAGCCGACCGGCGUGUUGAUGGUCGUGGCCUCGAUGGAGAAUGAUCACAUGAUCUAACUAUAUUUUAUAUAUAUAUACCUUCAGUUCGGUAAACGCCAGUCAUCGGGGGCGUUUUACUUUUAAACUCCGGUGACGGGCCUCUUCACGGCACCGUAAACUCUGGGUCUAUCACUGGCUCCUCUAAUCUUGAAGGCGUGAUGUUGUUGUUGUUUCUGACGCUGUGUGCGCUCUCUUUGGCUAAAAAGCAAAUCUGUUGGACACUAUUUUUGCCGCCAUCAAAGCCGUCUGUCACGGACACUUCAGCACAUUGAACACGUCCUGCUAUGAAAAGACUAACUCUCAUAUUUGUAUGUGGAACUUGUCGUCUAUGUAUCUGCUGUAUGGAGGUCUUUCAAAAAUAAAUAAUCCAAGUUCUAUUGAA